CCUAAUUAUCAUUUCCCCCAUCACACAUCACUGAUUCUUCAGCACCAUGGACAAAUGCUCAGAAGUUGCAUCUCCUUCUUGCAGAGGCAGAUCGAAGAAAUCCAAUCUCCAAAGCUCUAAGGUCCAAUCUCCAAGCCCCGUUCGCUUCAGCUCCCAGACGCCGGAGAAACUGCCGCAGCGGAUCCGUAACCGCGGCGUCGCGCUCUCCAUCGCUGACAUAAGAAAAGUCGGCAAAGGUUUACAGGAAACGAACCGACGCGGUGAAGAGACAUCGUCGCAGCAGAGCAAGAGUGUGAGGAGACAGAUCUCACUGUGGCCUUCUUCUCCCAGCAAAUCCAAGAUUACUUAUGAUGAAUCCUCCAAGCUUCCCGAAAAAUAUGGUAUUUUGGAUCAGUUCUUCGAUCGUUUGGAUACUUUGAUUUCAAUGUUCCGCCUCAAAGGGAAGACUCCAUCCUUUACAGAGAUCAGUUCUAGAAUUGAAUCUUUAACUGACAGGAGGUUUACUCAUGGGCAUCUAGCCCAAUUGCAAUAUAUCUUGCCUGAGGCUAUUGUUCUUAAGAAGUUUCUUGUGCAUGACGAACGGACUUGUUGUAUGAAGCCGGAUAUUCAUAUUUCUUUAAACCCUGAAGGGGUAGAGUCUGAUGUAAAAGGUCACCCUCAACGUAGGAGAGUAUCGUUGAAGAAGUUGUUUCAGUCCCGACUAAGGGAUUUUUUUGAAUCUCAUCCCGAGGGUGAUGAAAUUCCUGAAGGAACAUUGCCUGAGCCAUUCAAUCGCCCAAAGAAAGAUAAUAUUUUGGACAUGUUUGAAACUCGUCUCCCAACGAAAAUGUCAACCUGCAUGCGCUACAAUGACAUUGUCAAUAAUACCGAGCCUGCUGACAUAGAUGAAAAAUCGUUAGUUACUUCAUCAGCUGAGUUGCCUAAUGAACAUCUGACAGCACCUUCUCACAUUGCUCCAUCCUUUAGAGCUCGAUUUUCUUUGAAAUUUAAACUAAAUGGAACAGAUGAAGUACAACAUAGUUCUCCAUCAGUUUCAUUACAACCUUCCCCAUCCGAUUUGGCUUCAGAAGCUGCUAGUAGUGUAAAGUGUUCAACAAGUUGUGAAUCUCUGGAUUCAUCCAGCGCUCUCCGUUCUACUCCAAGCAAAUCCAUUGAGUACACAGGAAACAGAGAUGGGUCUCUCACGAGCAUUAGUGCCGUCUCAACUCCCACGAGAAAAACAUUUGAGUACACAGAAAACAAAGAUGGGUCUCUCACCAGCAUUGAUGCCGUCUCGACUCCAGCUAGAGAAAUCAAUGAAUGCACAGUACACAAAGAUUCUUCUCUCAAAAGCAUUGAUGCCAUGUCAACUCCCGCUAAACUUGUUUCUACUCCAAUUAGGUUGAUGAGUGCCACACCUGCAUUGUGUUCACCCAAAAGACAUUAUAUGAGCCCAGAUGACCACUCUAUCAGUUCUUUGAACAAGUUAGCUAGGCGUCCACCUCGCUCAAGGUCAUUGAAAUUUGACACUCCAGUGAAGAACAAGGAGUCUAUGAAUGAAGACAAUGACUGUGCCUUACCAAUAGAUGAUGACGUUUUUGAAAUCCUCCCUGGAAAACUUAUCCAAUCGAUUAGGGAAAAGGAAAGAAUAGCGAUGGAGGAAAGACACCCGGCUAUCACUCAAGCAAAGAAAAGGAAAAAAAUAAUAGCAAGCCUCCCUAAGCUGUUUGAUAUGAUUCGCCUCUUACUUCGACAGCGUAAUAGUAUGACGAAAGUGGAGCUUGUAAGCAAGAUAAUCUCAAGCCACAGCGAUAUUGUUGAUAGAAGUGAAGUUGAAGAGCAGCUAAGCUUGUUGCAAGAACUAGCACCGGAAUGGAUUUCUGAGAAGCAAGUCUCUAGUGGGGAUUUUCUAUUAUUCAUAAACAAAAUGUUGAGCCCCGAAACCAUUCGAGCAUCUCUUGAAGAAGCAACGUAGUAAGCAAAUGUUAUCCUGAAGUCCUUGGGCUGCUCGUUAAUGCGCAAUAUAUUUUGUUUUGAGCAGCUUGUAACUUGUAGCUGUCCAUCCAGUCUAUAGUCUGUCAGAUUAGGCUGUGCUUUGUAAAUGGUUGAGUAUCCAAAAUAGCCAGAUUAUUGUUGACUGAUUAUUAUACAGGAUAUUGUGCAUCCUAAUUUAAGGUGUUAAAUAUGCUGUAUUUAUGUCAUUUUAUUUAUUUAAUUCGAAUUGAAGUAACUAGAGUAA